UUGAGGAUUUAGCUUCCGGUUCCCCGUGCUUUUACCUGAUCACGGUUGAAGCCACCGGUAAAGGUGUUUUACGGGGUAAAUCAAUCGUGUUUUGUUAUCGUUACCAUCCACCAUGAGAGAAAGAAGCUUUUGAAAAGUGGUUCAGACUAACACAUUUGCAUUGGCACUAUAGCGACCAGUAUCUUAUACCUGUGGUCCUGUGGUUGUCUUCAUAUCGAUAUUUCCGGAAGAAGGACAAGGCGUCUACUCAACAGUACCGGUACUAGUACGAGAGAAAGAGAGGGACCCAUUAAAAGUUCAGACGCCAGAGCAAUCUGCCUCCAGAGCAUCCAAAUAUGAAAGCAAACGCGAAUGAAUCAAAAGCAGGUAGCCGAGGUGAUGGGGCAAGGCUUCCUCCUGUCUCAGUUGAGGAUGAAAAUGUGAAGGUAGACGGUGACGUCGUUGACAUUAUUGAUGUUGAUGAAUGGAUGGAUGGCAAGCAAUCCGCGGCGGUGUCAACAACAGCCAAAGUCUGUGGCGACACAGUUGACAGCUUCACUCUGGGAGAGUUCUCUUGUGAGAUUGAUGUUGAUGACUUGAUAUCCAAUGAACACCAGCUUCCAUUUCAUAGUGCCAGGAAAGGCCGGGAAGAAGUCCCAUUAUCUCAUUAUCCAGAUAUGGACGAGGUAUCGGGCCCAAAAGACCACUACCUCAGCAGUGGCGGUAGAAGCGGACUCCAUGAUGCUGAUGGUGACACGAAUAGUGGCUUCUCGGUAAUGCCAGACCCUCUGACCCUUCGAUCAAGCCCUGCAAUUACAAGACGACAACCCUCUCCCGGUGCAUUUCGCAUCAACCCAACUCAUCGCUCCAAUCCACCCGACGACGAUGACGACGCCGGUACAGUGCAGAUCUUGUCUUGCGCAGAUGAUACCACCUAUCGUAGCGACAUUCCCAGCACAUCUCCAGCACAUCUACAACACGAGGAUAUGUUGGUACAGGCGACUCUAGUGACCGAUGGGGACUCGGUUGAUCCGUUGCCGUCGUUUCUAGAGGAUCCAGAACAACAACAUCCUGACCCCACGGAAAGCUCUUCAUCGGACAUUGCUUUGGUUGAAGCCAAGCCAAUGGACGAAAAAGCGCCCUCCUCCUUCCGAAAUCAGCUCCAAAGCAAGUGGACACAGUUCCAUAUUCUGCUGGUGAUGGGACUUGCUUCCACUGCCCUUGCUCUGGGAUUGCUUUUGAUCGGAGGGCGCGAAGACGAAGGAUCUCCAGUCACUUUCUCGUCCAACAACGGCAACCUUCGGCAAACGAUUCCACCCAUUGCUCCAAUGCCUGUAGAGGAACAAACCAAUACUCCAGCUGCGACAACUACGCCCACCACUAGUGAAGAAGCAGGAACAGCCGGCGUUGUCAACCUGAAAGACAAUCAACAACUUACACUGCCAACAGGAGUUCCCACUAUGGCACCAACUGUAAUCCCCUCCACAUCUCCUUCCUUCAUGCCAACGUCACAAGACACUUCUUUUCUUCGAGAAUUUUACUCUCUCCUCCCGGAUUACAGCACUUCCGCCAUGCAGGACCCUGAGUCUCCUCAAUUCAAGUCUUUCCAGUGGUUGAGUUUGGACCCGUAUCUGGAAACAUACUCCCUUGACCAAGUGACGCAACGGUUUGCCCUUUCAACAGUCUUGACAGCCAUUGGCAUCUCAACAUCUAUCAUCAACGACGUCGAAAUGCAUGGCGUUCACGAGUGUGGUUGGGCCCCCAUGAAUCUGAAAUGUGAAGACCAAAAGCUAACAUACAUAUUGUUGAACAACUUUGACCUGACGGGAUCGUUGCCUCUGGAAGUGGGCCUGCUGACGUCCCUGCGGAGAAUCGAGAUGAGCACCAACACUUUGACAAGCAGCAUCCCAACCACUGUUGGUCUCAUCAAGGGACUUGAGGGCCUCGACUUGCAACACAACAACCUCUCCGGGGAGUUACCACAGGAGUUAUCGUCCUUGACUCUUUUGCAAGAACUCAAUCUCAACAACAACAGGUUCUCCACCAGCAUUCCUUCUACGCUGGGCCUGCUCAUAAAUCUGCAGCGACUUUCUCUGGCCCACAACGCACUAACCGGGACAAUUCCCGAUACAAUUGGAUCACUCUACAACAUCACAGUGCUGGAGUUGCAGGAUAAUGCGCUGGAGGGGAUGCUGCCCAUCGACGUUUGCGCCCUUCAGGAGUGGUCUGGUUUGAGCCAAAUAUCGGUGGAUUGCUCCGAGGUCGCCUGCUAUUGCAUCUGCGUGUGCUACACGGACCACCCUGAGAGCAACCACGAAAGCUCCGACGACUCGGAUUGACUGCUCCGAGACUGACUGCUAACUGCUAAUGCAUACAGCAUGUGUUGCUGCAAAUUAUUUGAUUGUCUUCUUGCUAAAUUAGAUUUGAUGUGGCUGUCUAGGAAAUCUUA